GUCUGGGCCCCGAGCCGCCGCGUCCUCGCCUGGCGGCUGCGGGUGGGGGCGCCUCGGAUUGAUCUCCUGAAACUUAACUUUCAAGAUGAAGUUUUUAUUGGCGAUUGCCUUUUUUAUUUUAAUUUCCUUAUGGGUUGAAGAAGCUUAUUCUAAAGAGAAGUCUUCAAAGAAAGGGAAGGGGAAAAAGAAGCAGUAUCUAUGCCCAUCCCAGCAGUCAGCCGAGGACCUUGCCCGAGUACCUGCCAACUCUACUAGCAAUAUCUUGAAUAGGCUAUUGGUCAGUUAUGAUCCCAGGAUAAGACCAAAUUUUAAAGGCAUUCCUGUUGAUGUAGUAGUCAACAUUUUUAUCAACAGUUUUGGAUCUAUUCAAGAGACAACAAUGGACUAUAGAGUUAACAUCUUCUUGAGACAGAAAUGGAAUGAUCCCAGGCUGAAGCUCCCAAGUGAUUUUCGGGGCUCGGACGCACUGACGGUGGAUCCCACAAUGUACAAAUGUCUAUGGAAACCUGACUUAUUUUUUGCAAAUGAAAAAAGUGCCAAUUUUCAUGAUGUGACCCAGGAAAAUAUCCUUCUUUUUAUUUUUCGUGAUGGAGAUGUUCUUGUCAGCAUGAGGUUAUCUAUUACUCUUUCAUGCCCUUUGGACUUGACCUUGUUUCCCAUGGAUACACAACGUUGCAAGAUGCAACUGGAGAGCUUUGGCUAUACAACUGAUGAUUUACGAUUUAUCUGGCAGUCAGGGGAUCCUGUUCAGUUAGAAAAAAUCGCCUUGCCUCAGUUUGAUAUUAAAAAGGAAGAUAUUGAAUAUGGCAACUGUACAAAAUACUAUAAAGGCACUGGGUACUACACCUGUGUGGAAGUCAUCUUCACCCUGAGGAGACAGGUCGGCUUUUACAUGAUGGGUGUUUAUGCCCCAACCUUGCUGAUAGUGGUUCUCUCCUGGCUCUCCUUCUGGAUCAACCCAGAUGCAAGUGCUGCCCGAGUGCCCCUGGGUAUCUUCUCGGUACUCAGCUUGGCCUCUGAGUGUACAACCCUUGCUGCCGAACUUCCCAAAGUAUCCUACGUGAAAGCUCUUGAUGUAUGGCUCAUUGCUUGUCUUCUCUUUGGGUUUGCUUCCCUGGUGGAGUAUGCUGUCGUCCAGGUGAUGUUGAAUAACCCCAAAAGAGUUGAAGCAGAAAAAGCCAGAAUUGCUAAGGCUGAGCAAGCAGAUGGAAAAGGUGGAAAUGCCGCUAAAAAGAAUACUGUCAAUGGUACAGGCACUCCUGUUCACAUUAGCACUUUGCAGGUAGGAGAGACAAGAUGCAAAAAGGUGUGCACUUCCAAGUCUGAUCUGAGGUCUAAUGACUUCAGCAUUGUUGGAAGCUUACCAAGAGAUUUUGAAUUAUCCAAUUAUGACUGCUAUGGAAAACCUAUUGAAGUCAACAAUGGGCUUGGGAAAUCUCAGGCGAAGAACAACAAGAAGCCGCCGCCUGCCAAACCUGUGAUUCCAACAGCAGCAAAGCGAAUUGAUCUUUAUGCGAGGGCAUUGUUUCCUUUCUGCUUCUUGUUCUUCAAUGUUAUAUAUUGGUCUAUAUAUUUAUGAUAAAUCUUUCUGAUUUGUGUAAAAUAAAAUGCCAUUUCAUUGUGACCGGCUUCCCUCAUAAAUGCCAAUCUGAGAAAUUUUGCAUUUUCAUAGCAAUAUAUUGCAUUUUGGAUGCCAUUUGAUUGUAAUAAAAAUGUGGCACCUUACUUUUGAAUGGCAGCAUGAUCUUGUUACUUCUGUGCUCUACUAAUGAUGUAUAUAUGUAUAGCGAACACAUUGCUUUAAGAAUAAAUGAAGGAUAAGCAUACUACAUAAAAUAAAAUCCAAACAAUUCUCUUCAGUUAGUGUAAAUUGCAGAUACUUCAGAUGAUUCUCAUAAUAAAAUGAUGUGCACGCUGGAUCCUGUUAUGGUCACCAUUCUAAUGUAUGUAGAAUUUCAAAUUUCCUUCCUUGUAACUUUCAGAGAAAACCAUCUUAAUAUUGUAUAAUUUUAGAUGAUAUUAUCACAGAUUAAGCAAAAUUAUAUUACAUAUUAUUUAAACUUUGUAAGUAGAAACAUAUCAACUAUAAUUAUGUGGGCUCUGUGGAGAAAUAAAGUUCAAAAAAUUACUAAUUUGCAAAAUCAGCUCAUUUUAAAGUGUGCCUGUGUUGUCAAAAUGCCAGUUUAUGAAACACAGAGAGCAUUUUUGAAACAAAGGGAAAUCUAGAUUUAUGUAAAUUCAUACUGAAUUCUGACUUCUGAGAAAAAUAAAGGAUAGAUACAUUGAUUAAAUAUUUCUGGUAAAAGAAAGUCUAUUUAAUCCACGUUAAAGCCUAAAUAUAUUUUCAUGGAUUUCAUUUUGUUGAUACAGAAUAUACAAAAUCAUUGUGCCUUAAAGAAUCAUAAAUAUUUUAAAUUGGAAUAUAAUAAUGGAUAUGUGAUUUCACAUAAUUUUUAAGAAAUGAAGAGGAAAAUACACUAUUACUGGAAAUAACUUGAGUUUGAGGGGAAAAAUCAUGGGAGGAUUUUAAUUUCUUUAUUAAAAUGCUUACUUUUUUUAAGUAAAAUUGACUUUUUCUGAAUUCAUUUCUUUUUUUAUUUGAAUACUUUUUGGAUUUGCUAUAAAACAUUUAAAGAUUAAGUAUGUAAUAUCUUUGUUUAAGUUAGGUCUUACUGCUAGUUGUAUUUUCUUUCUUGUCAGAGGUCUAGACUUUUUAGAUUUAUUUACAUUGAUCUUGUUUGAACCUGAAAAUAGGCACUUGAUGAUCUAUAAGUCUCCUGUUUCCUAGUGAUAUCAAUCCAGUGUAACUUUUUUAUUUCUCCAUAGCAGAAAUUGGAAUUAUCCAUAAUUCAUAUAACACAAGCAUAAGACCAAGUAAGUAUAUUUACAUUAUUUAGAGAGUUUUGUUGGAGCUGAGAGUUUAUAUGGUCAAUUCAAUGAUAAAAUGUGUUUAAAUAUUGUUUAUGCAAAUUGAUAUAUGUAAUUCAAUGCUAUUUCAUUAAAGACUUUAAUUUUUUAAAGAUUUUCAUUGAUUACCAAAUUUUUAAAAAAUAAGAUGUAAUCUAAUCCUCUGCAGUCCUUCAGCACCCCCUAGCUGCAAAAUUUAGCCAUCUGAAUAGUUAUAAAAUGCCACAACUAACCCCACCAAUGGACUUGAAUAUCCUGCGGGGACCCAGGGCAGUAACAUUUUAAUGGAACUGUGAUGGGGGGAAAAAAAGCCUUGAGUAGAACUUAAACCAUUUAAAAUUUUUACUUAUAAAAAUUAGAUUUGAUUAUAAUACA